AUGAGAAUCAAUGCAUGGAAUAACAACCCCAUACAAGUUAAUGAAGAGAGUUUGGAAGAUGUAGACACCUUCACAUACCUAGGCAGCACUGUAACAACAUCUGGAGGUACUGACGAGGAUAUUACAUCAAGAAUCAACAAAGCCCGUCAUGUGUUUGCCAUCUUAAAACCAGUUUGGACCUCCUCCUACAUGACCACUAGGACAAAGCUUAGGAUCUAUAAUAGUAACGUAAAAUCAAUACUAUUAUAUGGAUCAGAAUGCUGGAAGCUCCGGAAAGACCUCGCAAGGAAACUGAGAGUGUUCGUAAAUCGUUGCCUACGGACCAUAUUUAAGAUCAGGUGGCCAAAAAUAGUCUCCAACAACGAACUCGGGGAGAUGUCAGGACAGGAAGACAUAGUGGUGGAGAUUGUAAGAAGAAAGUGGAGAUGGGUUGGACAUGUGCUCAGAAAAGACCGUCAUAACAUCACAAGAGAGAGCAUAUUUUGGACAGCAGACGGCAAUUUAAGAGAAAAAGGGGCAGGCCAAAAACAACAUGGCGCAGAGCUAAAAGAAAUAGGGCUGUCGCUGACAUGGAAAGAAGUAGAAAGAAAAGCAAAGGAUAGGACUGGGUGGAAAGACUGUGUGGCUGCCUUAUUUGCCACCUGGCACGAAGAGGCCUAA